CGCGUAGAGCGGAUCAAUCAGGCGUAUGGCCCUGAUGCGCAGGAGGGCGGUCGUGCGGCGUUUGGGUGGGGGCUCGGGAGCUUCGGGAUUCGGAGACAUGAGCGGAGGCAGAACGAGCGCCCCAAUCCCCCGGGGGAAUACGAGAUGGACGAGUUCGAGUCGGACGAGGAUGAUCAGCGAAAACCGUGGCCUAGUGAAGCUACGCCGGCACCAUCGUCCGACAUGACACGAGGAGAGGGAGAGGGCGAGAUCCGCGCGAGGAGGUGGGUCGCGCGAACAGCGAUCUCGAACACGCGGACGGCGAUGACGCCCGACGAGGAUAGUCAUCGGCCGUCCUCGAUGUGGUGGUGGGGCCCGCUACAGCGAUGGAGGCUGCAGGAUGCGACAGAUUAUCGGUCGUAG